AUGGGAGCAUAUGUGGGACCCACCCUUGAUUCAGUAGAAGAAGACGCCUGUGAGUCCAGAGGAAGAAGCUAUCCACCUUGGGCAUACGAGCAGCACGGCCCUUGCUGCUGGGGAAGAUGCUCCCUUUCGGUGGGACCAUGUGAGAGUCAAGCUGAAAAAGAGAUAGUGACUCUUGGGACGCUGUCUGUGUCGCCAAUUGAAAGAGUUGGGACGUAUGUGAGCUCCAAGGAGUGGAAUGAAUUGAUCAGUGAUGCAGACACUGUUUAUCAUCUGCAAGGUGGAAUCCUAAAAUAUCUAGAAGAAGUUCCGAAGACAGAAUGCCUUUGGGACAAAGAGUGUUUUGUGUUUGAUAAACGGGUCUCAGUUGAGCACGGGCUCGUGCAGGGGACUCACAAGCUGUGUUACGGGUGCAAGAAACCCGUGAGUGAUGCUUACAUGGAGUCACCAGAAUGGGAGUACGCAAUUUCUUGCCCGUAUUGCUACAUAUCUAAAUCAAAGGAGGAGAAAGAGCGAGAAAGAGCUAGACAAAGGCAGUUUGAGACGUGGGGUAUUAUUGGCGGGCCGGAUAAAGGCCAUAAGCCGAAUAAAACAGGGAAAAAAAAAUUUGAUAAGCAGAUGUUGAAUUCAACCUGA